AAACCUUGUUGGAAAUCUCGCGAUGGAGGGAGAAGGAGGUGUACCCCUAGAAACACUUAAAGAAGAAAGCCAGUCAAGACAUAGUCUACCUGCAAGUUUUGAAGCCAACAGUUUGCAGAAAAGCAACUGGGGGUUCUUACUCACUGGGCUUGUGGGCGGGACCCUGGUGGCUGUGUAUGCUGUAGCCACACCGUUUAUAACGCCAGCCCUUCGAAAAGUCUGUUUGCCGUUUGUACCUGCAACUACAAAGCAGAUUGAAAAUGUUGUGAAAAUGUUGCGACGCAGAAGAGGAUCCCUUGUAGACAUCGGUAGCGGCGAUGGACGCAUUGUCAUAGCGGCUGCAAAGGAAGGGUUCACAGCAGUUGGUUAUGAAUUAAAUCCAUGGCUGGUUUGGUACUCCAGAUACCGCGCUUGGCGAGAAGGUGUGCAUGGUUCUGCCAAAUUUUACAUUUCGGAUUUGUGGAAGGUCACUCUUUCGCAGUACUCCAACGUUGUUGUUUUCGGCGUGCCUCAGAUGAUGCUGCAGUUGGAGAAGAAACUUGAACUUGAACUUGAGGAUGAUGCAAGAGUCAUUGCUUGCCGGUUCCCUUUCCCACACUGGACCCCGGACCAUGUCACGGGGGAAGGGAUAGAUACGGUGUGGGCGUAUGACGCGAGCACUUUUAGAGGCCGUGAAACGAGGCCCUGAACAUCCAUGCCCUUCCAGCCGGCCAUUCAGGCAUAAACUUUACUGAGAGUGCUUUUCUGAAAUGUCGGUCAUCUUCCUGAUCUGGUAGAGACUUACAGCUGUAUUUUUAGCAAAGGAGCACAGUUGUCUUUGGUUUGGAAUGAGAAAUUACUAUUACUUUCCAUAGCUUUUGGAGAAAACAAACAGAAGGAAAACAGGUAGAUUUAAAAUCCGCUUUUGAUGCCUUCUUUUUUCUUAAAAAAUGUAUUUACUGCCUUUUCCUGCUCCUGGAUGCAUGAAAAUUUGAGUAAGUGAUGGUCAUACUUAUGGGUAGAAAAGAUGUCAAAAGCUCUUCACAUUAUAAACGACAUGGCUUCGUGCCACCAUAAGGGAAAUGAUUUGUAAAGACAGUGUAUAUUACCAAAUGUUUGCAGUGUCCUAUGACUUUGUUCAUACUUAAGUUUUAUCUCUUUCCUUUUUGUACUUCAAAAUUAAUUGUCUAAAGGAUUCAGAGAGGUGUUUACAUUUUGUAACAUUUAUUAGAAAUAAUUUGUUCCACCCCCAGAUUCCAGUAUUUUAGUGCAUCUAAGAUGUAUACAUGUACAUUUGUAUACAUGUAUGUGUAAAUGUAAGCCCGACCUGAAUUCAGAUUCCUGUUUUGUCAUAGGCAAGAGGCCCUCGAACCGUGACUUACUGCCUGUGAGCCUUGGCUUCCUGUGUGUCCCUGCCACUGGGAUAAUGGUACACAUAACAGUGGAUGGGGGACCAGUUUGUGAAACUCAUGGCACCUAGUCUUUGCUUCAUAAAUGGCGUUUGUUAUUUUAGACACUGAGAAAAUGCUUAUUCACAGAAGCUUUUUCUGAUAGUCACUUUUUUGUUUCUUGAGAGCUGCCACUUAUUUAAUAUUUCUCAUUUAGGAGAAGAGACUUGACUGAUUUAGAUAAAAGAGGAAUUAACGAAAACCUUUGAACAUGAGUAGACAAGCUUCCUAUAUCUGUAAAGUGAAUAUUGAGUGGUAGUUUGAAUAAUUUGUGCUUAUCACAGAAAAGAAUUGAACUCCCAGUCAUACACCUGUAAGCAAAGUAUCAAACUGUCUUAAUGGAGAUGUAAUGAAGUAAGAUGAUUGCAUCUUUAAACUGAUAAAAAUAUGGUCGGUUUGAUAAUUUUCAUUUAAAGAGAACCAUCUGGGGACACAUUCAUUCAUUCAUUCAACAAAUAGGUGUUCGGUAUCUAGUGUGGAAGAAGCAGUGAAUAGACACACAAAGCCCCUGACCUCAUUGAAUUCCUAUUCUGGAAAGGAGAGACGAAGAGAUAAGCAAGUGAAUCUUAGUGUGUGUGGAGUUCUCUUAAAGAAAUAAACAGUGAUGGUGUAGAGAGCACCUGUGUGAGUCUGAGAUGAGGGGCUGGAUGUUGUGGACUUCAGCCAGGUUUUUGGCAGCUACCAGCUAUCCCUUUAACACUAGCUCCAGUUUCCUUAUGACGAAUGAGUUCUUUCUGUGGCGGGGGCUUUGGUGGGAGGGCACCUCUUGCUCUGCGCCUCUCAGUCGCCUUCCAUUGUUGCUAGUCCUGUAAUUGGUCUGGGCACACUCAGAGGGGGAUCCAUGGUAGCUCCUUGCCAUGAAGAUAUGAGUAGGGGAGGGUUCCGUGGAGCCUUGGAGGUGUUCAGCAAUUUCUGGAAGUGUUCCUGGUGGAUUUAUAGAGGCUUAGUGUGGUUUGGCUGUGUUCCCACCCAAAUCUCAUCUUGAAUUCUCAUGUGUUGUGGGAAGGACCUGGUGGGAGGUAAUUGCAUCUUAAAGGCAGGUCUUUCUUGGGCUGUCUUGUGUUAGUAAGUGUCAUGAGAUCUGAUGGUUAUUAUAAGGGGGAGUUUUCCUGCACAAAUUCUUUUUGCCUGCUACCAUCCAUGUAAGAUGUUCCAGCCACGUGGAACUGUAAGUCCAGUUAAAGCUUUUUCUUUUGUAAAUUGCCCAGUCUUUUUACCAGUAGCUUGAAAACGGACUAAUAUAGUAAAUGGUACCAGGAGUGUUAUGUUGCUGAAAAGAUACCCCAAAAUGUGGAAGCAACUUUGGAACUGGAUAACAGGCAGAGGUUGGAACAGUUUGAGGGCUCAGAAGAAGACAGGAAAGUGUGGGAAAGUUUGGAACUUCCUUGAAGCUUGUUGAAUGGUUUUGACCAAAAGCCUGAUAGUGAUAUGGACAAUAAGGUCCAGGCUGAGGUGGUCUCAGAUGGAGAUGCGAAACUUGUUGGGAACUGAAGCAAAGGUGACUCUUGUUAUGUUUUAGCAAAGAGACUGGUGACAUUUCGCCCCUGCCCUAGAGAUUUGUGGAACUUUGAACUGAGAAAGAUGGUUUAGGGUAUCUGGCCGAAGAAAUUAAGCAGCAAAGCAUUCCCAAGGUGACUCGGGUGCUGUUAAAGGGGCUCAGUGUUAUGAGGGAAGCAGAGCAUAAAAAUUUAGAAAGUUUGCAGCCUGACAAUGCUGCAAAGAAAAGAAAAACACAUUUUCUGAGGGGAAAUUGAAGCUGGCUGCAUAAAUUAGCAUAAGUAAGGAGGAGCUGAAUGUUUAUCCCCAAGACAAUGGGGAAAAUGUCUCCAGGGCAUGUCAGAGGUCUUCAUGGUAGCCCCUCCUAUCACAGGCCUGGAGGCCUAGGAGAAAACGGUUUCAUGGUCUAGGCCCAGGGUCCCGGUGCUGUGUGUAGUCUAGGGAUUCGGUAUCCUGCAUCCCAGCCGUUUCCAGCCAUGACUAACAGGGGACAAGGUACAGCUCGGGCUGUUGCUUCAGAGGGUAGAAACCCCAAGCCUUGGCAACUUCCACGUGAUAUUGACCCUGUGGGUGCACAGAAGUCAGGAAUUUAGGUUUAGGAACCUUUGCCUAGAUUUCAGAAGGUGUAUGGAGAUGCCUGGAGGCCCGGGCAAAAUCUUGUUUCGGGGUGGAUCCUCAUGGAGAACCUCUGGUAGGGCAGUGUGGGAGGGAAAUGUGGGAUCGGAGCCCCCACACAGAGUCCCUAACUGGGGCACCACCUAGUAGAGCUGUGAGAAGAGGGCCAACCCCAGAAUGGUAGAUCCACUGACAGCUUGCACUGUGCACCUGGAAAAGCCACUGACACUCAACACCAGCUGGUGAAAGCAGCCAGGAGGCAGGGUGUACCCUGCAAAGUCACAGGGGUGGAGCUGCCCAAGACCAUGGGAACCCACUUUCGCAUCAGCAUGACCGGGAUAUGAGACAUGGAGUCAAAGGAGAUCAUUUUGGAGUUUUAAGAGUUGACUGCCCUGCUGGAUUUUGGACUUGCAUGGGGCCUGUGGCCCCUUUAUUUUGGCCAAUGUCUCCCAUUUGGAAUGGCUGUAUUUAUCCAAUUCCUGUACCCCCAUUGUAUCUAGGAAGUAACUAACUUGCUUUUGAUUUUGCAGGCUCAUAGGUGGAAGGGGCUUGCAUUGUCUUGGAUGAGACUUUGGACUGUGGACCUUUGAGUUAAUUCUGAAAUGAGUUAAGACUUUGGGGGACUGUUGGGAAGGCAUGAUUGGUUUUUAAAUGUGAGGACAUGAGGUUUGGGAGGGGCUGGAGUGGUUUGGCUGUGUCCCCACCCAGAUCUCAUCUUGAAUUCUCAUAUGAUGAGGGAGGGACCCAGUUGGAAGUAAUGGAAUCAUGGGGGCAGGUCUUUCCCAUGCUAUUCCUAUUAUAAUGAGUAAGUCUCAUGAGAUCUGAUGGUUAUUACAAGGCGGAGUUUCCUGCACAAGCUCUCUCUUUUCUUGCCGCCAUCCAUGUAAGAUGUGACUUGCACCUCCUUGCCUUCCACCAUGAUUGUGAGGCUUCCCCAGCCAUGUGGAACUGUAAGUCCAAUUAAACCUCUUUCUUUUGUAAGUUG